UUUCCUUUUUAAAUCAUGUCCUUACCCUUAAAUGUAUCACAUUUACGCCACAUCAUUAUAACCAUUAACAUUUUGGUAUUUUGCUGAACUUCAAUCGUUAAUUCUAAUACAUUUUAUUGUUGUAUUUUCCUGCGUGUUUUGCAGCAACACUAGGAGACCUUUAAUCCGUCUGUGAGCAGGUAUAAUGGGAGUUCAUGGACUGUGGAAGCUCGUGGAGAGCACUGGAAAACCCAUCAACCCUGAAACCCUGGAGGGGAAGAUUUUAGCUGUCGGUAUCCUGACCUGUACACCAUCUGCCGUUUCAUCUCACUUUACUGAAUAAAAAAACAUUUUCAUGAGCCCUGGGAUCCAUAACUGACCCAUCACAGAUAUCAGUAUCUGGCUGAAUCAGGCCGUCAAAGGUGUUAGGGAUCGAGAUGGAAACAGUGUUCAGAACGCUCAUCUCCUCACUCUCUUCCAUCGCCUCUGUAAGCUGCUGUUCUUCCGGAUCAAACCCAUCUUCGUGUAUGAUGGAGAUGCUCCGCUGCUUAAGAAACAGACGCUGGCGCUGAGGAGACAGCGGAGGGAGGACAUGACACAUGAGUCCAAACAGACCAAUGAAAAACUGUUCAGGACGUUUUUGAAGAGACAGGCCAUCAAAGCUGCUUUAGGGGAUUCAAGUCAGGAGGCAAUACCCAGCCUCUCCUCGGUGAGACGGGAUGAGGCAGAUGACAUGUAUGUCCUGCCUGCUCUUCCCAUCCAUGAGGAGAAAGAACAGAGCAGUUCAGAAGAGGAGAUGGAGAGAGAUGAAGAUGAAUCCGUGCAGCCCAACAGCAGAUUUCAUGAGAUCUAUGAAAACCCUGAUGCUGUCGACAUCAAUUCAGAGGAGUUUUCACUCAUGCCGCCGGAGGUGAAACAUGAAAUCUUGAAGGAAAUGAAGGAGUUCAGCAAGAGACGACGCACUCUGCAUCACAAACCUCCAGAAUGCUCAAGUGAGUUCUCGCAGUAUCAGCUGGCCGGCCUCCUGCAUAGAAACAAUCUCAACCAACGUUUGGAGGGCGUAGAGCAGGAAAUGAGUCAUCACAGCUCUGGGGGGGUGGAACAGCAGUUCGGAAAGGGGAAACAGCAGGACGUGGAAGUGCGACGUCUCGUCUCGGAGGAUUCUUCUCAUUACAUCCUGAUUAAAGGUUCUCAGAAGCGCGCAGAUGCCGUAGACAGCCAGCCGACUCCUGCACUUUGGUCCAGUACUCCGUGGGAGAGGAAGGAGAGACCGAAAGGCAAACCUGAGCCACUUUGGAAACCCAUCGCAGAUGAUGAGAACAAUCCUUCCUCAUCAUCAGAACAGACUGAGAGUCAGCAGCUGUCAGAAGGAGCUCCGCCAUCUCCCCGCACCCUGCAAGCCAUCCAGAGUGCCAUGAUGGACUCCAGCUCUGAUGAUGAUAAUGAAGCAAUCACAGUGAGGUCUCAUGACACACACAAUACAACAGGAACGGAAGAUAAGGAUGGAAGUGCGUCACCUCGAACUUUACGAGCCAUCCAGAGCGCCAUGAUGGACGACUCGGAACGUCCCAAAAACAGGAAAUAUAUUAUGUUGAGCAGCUCGGAGGAUGAGGAGAAACCGAUUGUUGCUGAUGAUCGAGGGAUCGCUGGAGAUGGAGGUGUAUCACCCAGGACUUUGUUGGGCAUUCAGGAAGCUUUAGGAGAUUGUGGACAUGAGGAACAGAAAAGCCUCACGGAGAGAGAGAAAACAGAAAUCAAGAGCACGGCUCUCCAAAGCAACGAUCAAAGGAAAGAUAUCUCCUGUUUAACUCCAGAUGUUUCCUCACGGACGGUGUCAAGCACACCUCAUGUUCUCGCUUCACGCUCUCAGCCCAAAAGCCCAGAAGACCGUAGAGAGCCAGAAUGGAUUUCAGAAGAUGAAAAAAAACUAAGUGCCUCUGAUCAAAAACAGGUUAAUGUUAAUGAAAAGGUUCAACUGAACAGAGAAAUUGUGGUGAAGACAGAAGAAGAAUCCAGCAGCUCCGAAGAGAGUUUUAUCGAGGUGUAUGAUGUAGAAGAACCUCGCACCAAAGCAGAAGAGCAAUCAGCCAAUCGGAGCACAUCAGAUGACGUGGAUGUGAAGGAGGCAGAGGAAGAAAAAGAGGAGACAGAGGAGGAAGAUCUCAGUGCUGGAAACAUCAGUCAGAUGAAGGCAUCAGAAAAUGAACCUGCCGUUGAAGAAUGGAAUCAGAUUGAUGUGGAGGAGCUUGAGCAGUUAGAGAGAGAUCUACAGGAAGAACAGACCAACCUGAAGCAACAACAACAGCAGCAGGAGAGAACCAGCUCCACAGUGACUGGACAGAUGUGUCAGGAGAGUCAGGAGCUGUUGCGAUUAUUCGGUGUGCCCUUCAUUGUUGCACCCACGGAGGCCGAAGCCCAAUGUGCCACGCUAGACCACCUGGACCAAACCCACGGCACCAUCACAGACGACAGCGACAUCUGGCUCUUCGGCGGCCGUCAAGUCUACAAGAACUUUUUCAACCAGAACAAGUAUGUGGAGCAUUACCAAUGCACGGACAUGCAGAAUCAACUGGGUUUGGAUCGGACCAAGCUGAUAAAUCUGGCCUAUCUGCUGGGCAGCGACUACACGGAGGGCAUCUCAGGUGUGGGUUAUGUCACAGGAAUGGAGAUACUGAAUGAGUUUCCCGGCACCGGCCUACAGCCUCUCUACGAUUUCAGUAACUGGUGGUCUGAGGUUCAGGAGAAGAAGAAAGUAACUGCCAAUCCCAAAGACACAAAAGUCAAGAAGAAGCUUCGAGAUCUUCAGCUUCAUCCUGGUUUUCCGAACCCUGUUGUGGCUCAGGCGUACCUCCAUCCCACCGUGGACCAAUCAGACACCUCCUUCAGCUGGGGCCGCCCACAGCUGGACCUCCUUAAGGAAUAUCCUUGUGUUUUACUUGCAUAUCAGUAUCUUUUCACAGCGCUGUAUUUUAUUUUACUGUUUUUCUUAACGCAUCUUAAGUUCUGUGCAAGCCGAUUUGGUUGGAACAGCAAAAAAACGGAAGAGAUUUUACAGCCAGUGUUAAAACAAUUUAACGCUCAACAGACCCAGCUGCGCAUCGAUUCCUUCUUCCGCCUGGAGCAGCAGGAGAGGCAGUGCAUACGCAGUCAGCGUCUGCGCAGAGCCGUCACCUGCCUCAAGAGAAAAGAAAGAGAGGAGGAAGAUGACGAGGAGCCUUCUCCAUCUAAAGCGGGCAAGGAUGAGAGUGGCAUACAGCUAGCACCGUUAUCAGGAGGGUUUAUAGGGUCAUCUGCUGACGUUCCGGAGGAGACAACGUUGGACGGGAAAGCCGGUGGAGUUACUCAGGACAGGAAGCAGGUGAUGAUGCGAGCGGAGUCCAGCAGCUCCAGCUCAGAGGAUGAGGCGGAGAGCGGGAGGAGUGUCGCUAUGGUUGUAGCGCGCUCUGCGUUCGAGGGGAAGACGAGAGGAAGAGGAAAGCGCACUGGAGGGAGAGGAAGGGGCAAAAAUAAGUCAUGAUUACGUAUUUGAGAUUGACUGAAUAUGAAGCGUAAUCAUGAAGUGUUUCGAGUUUUCAAAUAUCGUGUUGUGUAAAUUAUUAAAUGCGUAUUUGAAUAUGUAUUGUGAUGUAAUUGAGGUCAAGCAUUUGUUUGUGUCAAGAUAAAUAUGCCAACACAAUCUCAUCACACUAUUUUACUAAAUUGCUAAUUCGUAUAAUUUUGUACAAUCUGUUUUCGCCCAGUGACAUGAGAUUUAGUGAUGGGGGAAUCAUAAAUUUUUGUCCGAUUCACAUUGUACGAAUUUAUAUGAAAUUGACACUUCCUAAAAAAAGUCAUUUUUGCCAUAUCGUGUAAAGUCAUCAAAAUAUUACUUCCCAGGCGUAAAAUGUUGAUGUUUUUGGUAAAUAACAAUUAAAAAAACUAUAAAAUAAAGGAUC